AUGGAUUUCCAGGCUGCGGGGGCGGAGCACGGCUCGCCGUUUAAUGAUUUCCAUCGUGCGGAUUUACACCGCGCGCUGCUUGAUCGGGCUGUUGAGCUUGGUGCGACUGUUCAUACGAAGUGUGAGGUGGUCGAUAUGCGGUUUGACGAGAUGACGAGUACGGCGACUGUCUCGAUCAAGGAUCAACCGGAUCAGGUCGCGGACCUGGUUAUCGGUGCGGAUGGGAUCAAUUCGCGGUGCCGUGAGAUCCGUCUGGGGAGGAAAGAACCGCCCCAUCGCACGGGGGACAUGGCGUAUCGGAUAUUGUUGGACGCGGCGGAGAUCAGAAAGGAUCCGGAAUUGAGGACGAUUGUAGAUGAUAAAGCGGUGAAUUACUGGUAUGGGCCUGGAGCGCAUGUUGUUACAUACCCUCUCCGCGACGCAUCACUCUUGAACAUGGUGCUGCUUGUGCCGGAUAAUAUGCCAGAAGAAGGUCCCUCAACGCUGCAGGGGAUCGGAAAACUCCUGGCCAUGUGUCCGUCCGUCCUCCGCUGGAGACUCUGCAUUCGAAAGAGUAUCGAUUCGUGGGUGCAUCCCAGCGGAUGCUUUGCUCUUCUUGGUGAUGCUGCGCAUGCAACUCUGCCGUAUCUCGCGAGCGGGGCGGGUAUUACGUUCGAAGAUGCCGCCGUUCUCGGUGAAUGUCUGGACAGGAUCCAGUCCAAGACUCCUGGAGAGAAGAAAAGGGCACUGGAAGUCUACGAGCUCUGUCGAAAGCGGCGGACGGAGACUGUCGUUGAACGAGGCACCAUUCAGCAGGACUUGAAUCACUUGGACGACGGGGUAGAACAGGAAGAGCGCGAUCGCAAGAUGCGGGCUUUCGAGGCGGUGGAGCGCGACUGGCAAGCUGGGAAACGAGGGCCUUUGCCUAGCGGUCUAAAGCCAGGAGAAGAUCCUUUGGUCUGGCGGAGGUAUGGUGUUGGCGAAUGGCUGUUCAAAUAUGAUGCAGUUCAGGAUGUUGAGGAGAGGUGGAGGGAGGUCCAUCGAUAUGUUUCGUCUCAGCGCCAAGGAGACUUCAAACCAGACAGCAUGCGAGAAACCCACCUGGACCCAGCUGCUGAACGGUCCUAUGUCCGCAAAGUCGAUCUAAUACUACUCCCCUUGUUAUCUAUAAUGUACUUUUGCCGGUUCAUGACCGGGGGCAAUAUUGGAAAUGCAAAGACGGACGGCAUCGAGCACGAUCUAGGCAUGGCUGGGGAGGAGUAUAGCUUGAUGAUGACCCUCAUAAACAUCCCAUUUGUGGUCGUUGAGCCUUUCGUGACCCUGGUGGUGAAGAAAUAUGGCGGCCAUCUAGUAAUUCCCAGCCUCAUUUUCGUCUCUGGAGUCAUCUCUCUAUGCCAGGUCGCUGUCAAGAAAUAUGCCGGUCUCCUGACUUGCCGUAUGCUCAUUGCCUGCGCUCAGUCGGGGUUCUUUAGUAGUGUUGUGUUUUAUAUGACGCUCUUCUAUAAACGUGACGAGAUGGCAUUCCGUAUUGCCAUCUUCUACGGGUCAGCUACCAUCGCCGCCGCGUUCACUGGGCUGAUGGCAUAUGGGGUAUUUGGUUUGGACAAUUCCGCACUGAAAGGAUGGCAGAUCCUCUUCAUCAUCGAAGGAGCGAUCAAUAUCAUCUUCGGCGCCGUUGAAGAGCGCACUGCGGCCCUUGUUCGACUCAUGCGAGACUCCACCGCUGAAGUGGACGUCAAGUUUGCCCUGACACCAGCCGUGAGAGCCCUCCUCGACCCAGCAAUGUGGCCAUUCAUGCUCCUUUGCAUUUCAUACGGAGUUGCCACAACCUCGACAGGCCAAUUUCUGCCACAAAUCGUUCACCGACUGGGCUACAACGCUGUCCAGACAAACCUCCACCUCGUGGCCCCGAACUUGACCGGAUGCGUUAUCACGCUCGUUGUGGCCUGGCUGAGCGAUCAUUACAAGGAGCGAGGCGCGUUCCUGUGUCUGGGCUUGGGUCUCACCAUGAUCGGAUACAUCAUGACCAGCGCGCUGGAUCCGCUCACGCAGACCGGAGCGUGCUAUGCGGGUAUGUAUAGUAUCUUGCCAGAUAGUGAACGUCCGCAGCUACCGUGCUACCCCUCUAGGUGCGUUCUUCCUUUCGUCGGGGACAUACAUCCCAUCCUGUCUCGUGCACGCCUGGCACAACAACAUCAAGGUGGAUGA